CGCCAGUAUGAAAACCACGUAAACGAGUGUUCUGUUUAAACACGUGCAUGCUAUUCCCUAUGCUCUGUGGGUAUAGAACUAAACUGUUUAUAAGGAGCGUGAUGGCAAUCAUAGGCUCACAUCAUCCGCUGGGUAGAUCUUCUUCCACGAUGAAACUUCUUUCCACCAUUAUCCUGCUGACUAUGGCUGUGGCCAUGGCUGACCGUGACGAGGAUGCCUGGAACUUUUACAAGUUCCAAUUUGGCAAGGCUCACUCGCCGCAGGAAGAUGCUAUUAGAAAACAGAAUUUUCUCGCUAGGGACAGGGUCAUCGAUAAACAUAACCGCGAAAACAAGGAAUGGCAGAUGGCACAUAACAAAUUCUCUGAUAUGUCUGAAGAAGAGAAACUGAAUAUUCUCGGAGUCAAACCAACUAUUCGCCGCGAGAGGUCUGUUGGUGGAUAUUACCCCGUUAUGGAUCGCCAACUGCCAACUUCCAUUGACUACCGUACCGACAAGUGCAUGCAGGCAGUCAAGGAUCAAGGACAAUGCGGCAGUUGUUGGUCGUUUGCCGCAGUGGUGCCUAUUGAAUUCAACACAUGCAAGAAAACUGGCACAGCCGUCUCAUUCAGCGAGCAAAUGUUGGUGGACUGUGAUACUUACGAUGGGGGCUGCAAUGGGGGAAUGUACACGAACGCCUGGCAGUACAUUAAGGAAAAGGGGGGGAUUAUGAAAAGUUCUGCAUACAGUUACACCUCUGGAUCUACUGGGCUUACAGGCACUACUUGCAAGUUUGACAGCACUGCAGUGGCCACUAAAGUUACGGCUUUCGACUGGACUAUGCCCUAUCCCAAUGCAACUGUGUCCAUGAAUUUUCUACAAUCUGAAGGACCACUUCCCAGUGCCAUUAAGAUCCUGGAUUCCUUCUACAGUUAUGCUUCUGGAGUGUAUAGCGACCCCGCUUGCAUCGUUGCUGACGAGAACGAUAUCCAUCACGCCAUCACUGUCGUUGGUUACGGUACAACUACAGCCACUUCUACUACUCCCGCUACUCCUUACUGGAUUGUCCGUAAUUCUUGGGGUACUGGUUGGGGUCUGUCGGGCUACUUUUUGAUUAAGCGAGGCGUUAACAUGUGCAACAUUGAAUCAUGGACUGCUUACGUCCGUGUUGUUUAAAUGUGUUCGUCUUUUACGAAUAAGCGAACGCUUCUGCGUUUGUCAUAUAACAUGAAUGUUUGUGAAGGUUAUCAGCAUAAUAUACUACAAUACGGUAUGGUAA